CGGUGGCCGAGAGGAUUCGGGGAAGCGGACGGUGGCCGACGAGGUCGGGCAUGGAGCAUCUGGAGUGCUGCGCGAGGCUCCUCCGGAGAACGCUGGUGCACGCGGCCGUGCGGCGCUACCUUCCCUGGGCGCUGGCGGCCUGCAUGCUGGCGGGCUCCCUCCUCAAGGAGCUCUCCCCGUUGCCCGAGAGCUACCUCAGCAACAAGCGCAACGUCUUCAACGUGUAUUUUGUCAAACUGGCCUGGGCCUGGACCUUCUGUCUCCUCCUGCCUUUCAUUGCCCUCACCAACUACCACCUGACAGGCAAGGCCGGCCUGGUCCUGCGGCGGCUGAGUACCCUGCUGGUGGGCACGGCCAUCUGGUAUGUCUGCACAGCCCUCUUCUCUAACAUCGAACACUACACAGGCAGCUGCUACCAGUCGCCCUCCCUGGACGGGGUCAGAAAGGAGCACCAGAAUAAGCAGCAGUGCCAUGGGGGAGGAGGCUUUUGGCAUGGCUUUGACAUCUCGGGCCACUCCUUCCUGCUGACCUUCUGCGCCCUUAUGAUUGUGGAGGAGAUGGCCGUGCUGCAUGAGGUGAAGACAGACCGGAGCCACUGCCUACACACAGCCAUCACCAGCCUGGUGGUGGCCCUGGGCUGCCUGACCUUCAUCUGGGUGUGUAUGUUUCUGUGCACAGCCGUUUACUUCCACAACUUGACCCAGAAGGUGUUCGGCACCUUGUUUGGUCUGCUGAGCUGGUAUGGGACCUAUGGAUUUUGGUAUCUGAAGGCUUUUUCCCCAGGACUGCCUCCCCAGAGCUCUAGUUUGAAUUUGAAGCGAGACAGUUACAAGGAAUAAAAGAGAAACAAAAGGGGUGAUGGCAGGACAAUGGCUGAUGUAUUUUUUUCAUUAUUUUUCUUAGUUAUUUAACUAAAUUAUUGACCCUACUUCAAAGAGGAAGCUUACCAGGAAGCUUUGGUGAGUGGUGGUGGAGUCUGGGGAGUGAGUUUAAUCCCCACUCUUCUUGUCACAAGCGCCACCAUUCCCAGUCCGGCACUUUUUGUCCCUGGCAAGGCUUGACCUUAAUCUGUAAUGUUCCUUUUGUCCCUGGAGGGCAGGGCUAACGCUCAGUGAGAGUACAGAACUAGGAAAGCCUCUGUUGUGUGGCUGAAGGGGAGGCCUGGGCCUUGGGACCCUUCUCUGCUGCCAUCAUUCUCUCCCUGAUCCUGGAGUCUGGUAUGGUUAAUGCUGUGGUUUAACAGUAUUGCCCUCGGGUCAGUUUUGCAUAAGCAUUUAUUUCCAGCAGGGUUCUUUAUAAACCAGCCAACUGCCGGAAAGACACUCUCUGGUGGAGGUAUUUGCUUAUCCUCAGAAUGUUAUAUAUUGCAACUGACUUGUGAUUAGCUACCAAACCAGUGACACUGGAGUGCCUCUCCGGCUGAGUGUUGGAUGAUAUUUAUGUAAUGCACAUGGCU